AUGGCGGGUAAUAGGCGUGGAAUGAAUGACGCGCUUGCCGAGGCUCUCAGCUUGAUGGCUGCAGCCAUGCGAGAACAAACAAAGACUAUUCGUCAGUUAAGAGGAUCCAAUAUCCCAGCGACAACAACCGUAGACCCUCAAUAUGUAAGAAUUUCUGAAUUCCGAAAGAACAAUCCACCACCAUUUCGAGGAAGUUCUGAUCCAGUUGAGGCAGAAGAAUGGUUGCUGAAGUUAGAGAAAAUAUUUCGAGUAAUGCGGUGCAGUGAUGGUCAAAGAGUGGACCUUGUCGUUUAUAUGUUAGAGUCCGAUGCUGAGCAUUGGUGGAAUUGUGCUAGAGGAGGUCUACUUACACAAGGAGUUCCCAUUACUUGGGAUGGGUUUAAAGAGAUAUUUCUAGGAAAGUAUUUUACCCACAAUGAUCGCAUUCAAAAAGAAACAGAGUUUCUUAAUCUUCGUCAAGGAGAUAUGUCUGUUGCAGAGUAUGUAGCCAAAUUUGAAGCCCUAUCAAGGGUGGCUGAGCAAAAGAUGCAAGCGCUGGAAGCUGAGAAACCGAAGGAGAAGUUUAACCCUGUUGGAAAAAGGUUUCACAAUAAGGACAAUAAAUUUCAGAAGAAUCUACGUCCUGUUCCCACAAUUUCAAAGGACAAGCUUUGA